AUGUCGUCAAGUGGUCCAGCACCCCCCCCCCCCCCCCCCCCCUCAGCGGCUCUGGCCUCCCCUCCUCGGAGAUGCACCUUCAGUCUUCCAGGGCUGUUGGCGGCUAUUAAGUCCAGACUCGCGGCAGACCAAGCCCCAAAUACGUUUGCGCGAAUAGCUACAUGCAACAUACAGGCGGUGGUGGUACACAAGCAGCAGCUUGCUGACCUACUGCAUAGCUAUGGCAACACAAAACAAGAAUCAGAUGAGGUAAUGAUAUGGGAUGGCGGCGCGGCAGCUCAGCUCGGCCCCUCGUCUAGCCCAUGGGAUGAGAGCAAGCAAGACCAGGCCAAGACCAGACCCGCCCUGACUUGGCAUGCGAGCCGGUCCGCAGAUUCGAGAGGGCAAAGGCCCGGCCAUCCAGGAGGCCAUAUCACGAUCCUGCGCCCUCUGCGCCCAUGCCAGCCAGCCCGAGCUUUUCACCUUUCUCGCGCUCAGCCGUCGCUUGCAUCCAGGAGUCGCGCCUUGAUCGUCCAGCUUGGACAGGGCUUCUUGGGGAUCCUCGCCCGGGCCGCGUUGUGGACCCUCGGCAGCUCACAAAUAGCCCAGCCCGCGGAGUGGUCACGAAUCGUCAGCCCGGCUGCGACAACAGCCGCAAACAGAUCCCCCUAG